UGUCGUGACGUAUGAGGGGCGGAGUUUAACAGGCAGCUCGAAAAGACGCUACGCAGCAUCAGAAGUUUGAUUCAGUCAGUUCGUGAAGUUUGUGUGAUUUAGAAGUCAUGGCUACGGUGUGUGUAAAAAGCGUUUUGAUCAGUGAAAGCGUCGAUCCGUGUUGUAAAACGAUCCUGCAGGAAAACGGCAUAGAAGUGACGGAGAAACAUCCGAUGAGUAAAGAGGAGUUGAUGGCAGAGAUUCAGAAAUAUGAUGGUUUAGUUGUCCGAUCUGCCACCAAAGUCACGGCUGACGUCAUCAACGCUGGAAGUAAGCUGAAGGUCAUUGGACGGGCCGGAACCGGAGUUGACAAUGUGGAUGUGGAUGCAGCAACUAAAAGAGGAAUCAUUGUGAUGAACACUCCCAAUGGAAACACCAUCAGUGCUGCUGAACUGACUUGUGCUCUUAUCAUGAGCUUGUCAAGACAUAUUCCACAGGCUGCUAUGUCAAUGAAGGAUGGAAAAUGGGAUCGUAAAAAGUUCAUGGGCACUGAGCUCUACGGCAAAGUUCUCGGAAUCGUGGGGCUCGGAAGAAUCGGCAAAGAGGUGGCGACAAGAAUGCAGUCGUUCGGCAUGAGGACAAUUGGUUACGACCCCAUAACCCCUCCGGAUGUUUCUGCCGGCUGGGGGGUGGAGCAGAUGUCUCUGGAGCAGCUUUGGCCGCAGUGUGACUACAUCACGGUCCACACUCCCCUCAUGCCCGCCACCACAGGUCUCCUCAACGAUGACUCGUUUGCCAAAUGUAAGAAAGGUGUGAAGGUGGUCAACUGUGCUCGUGGGGGGAUCAUCGAUGAAGCCGCUCUGCUCCGGGCUCUGGAGUCAGGACAGUGUGGAGGAGCGGGCCUGGAUGUAUUCGUGGAGGAGCCUCCAAAAGAUCGGACUCUGCUGAAUCACCCGAACGCCAUCAGCUGUCCUCAUCUGGGCGCCAGCACUAAAGAAGCUCAGGCCAGAUGUGGGAGGGACAUCGCUCUACAGAUUGUGGAUGUGGUCAGAGGAAAGGCUUUAGUGGGAGCUGUGAACGCUCAGGUGUUGGCCGGGACGUUCUCUCCGGGCUCUCAUCAGUGGAUCAGAUUGGGAGAAUCUCUGGGUGGAGUGUUGAAGGCCUGCGCGGCUUCUAAAGCACCGUACAGUCACGUCCAUGUUACAUCACUCGGUAUGUGAAUUAUUGAAACCAUUUGUUUAAUCAAAAAUGAACAUUCUGAUUGUGGCGUAAACAUUCUGGCGUAAAAUCAGAGCGUCUCAGAGAGGCGGGACAAAGAGGAGAUACAAACAUGCACGGUAUGUGGAAAAUACAGCGUUUUUCAACCUUAAAUCGUGAAUACACAAUGCAUCGCAUCUAAAACAAACCAUAAUAUUCGUUUUAGCCGUGACAUAUGACCCCUUUAAUAU